GAUUGCCGCUAUGAUAGGCAUUUCGUCUGUAGCAGUCGAAGGAAGAGGAGGAGAAGGAGGAAAACACUUUACGGGCCGCGUGCAACAGUGACGACGUGCGUCGAACGUGGGCGAAUGUUGAGCUUCCUCAGCGUACGGAGAAGAUGCGCGUGUCAGGAGACCGCGGGGAAAUGAGUAACGACGAGUCGGCCGGAACGUGGGUCAUGAAUCGUACAAAAUGAGGAGAACGUGUAAUGCCCCGGUGGAGGCCCGGACAGCGGACAACCUCGAAGCCACAAGACGUUUGCAUAGGAGUGUGACUGAGAUCGCCAAGAGAUUGGAAGAACAGAAAAAUCGUGCUCUAACAGUAUGCGAUAUAUUUAUCCCAUCUGUGGAGGUUCUACGUGUGAAGUUGAAGGAUUACUGCGAGAGAUUGAUACUGAAAGACCCCGUUGGGAAUGCGCGCAAAACGGAGGAGUUGCUGUGGAGGAAGGCGUUUUACGAUGUUGUUUAUGCAGCUAAAAAAUUGCGCAAGGGUAACCAGUGGAAUGAAUCGGAGAAAGCAUUGCUGUCGGUACAUCUGGCAGUGGGCGUGGGAUAUUACCAUCAUCUGAUAUUGAGACUGCAAUCCGAAUAUGAUCUGGACCUUGUCGGUAUCAUUGACUUUGCUUUCACUCGUUUCGAAAGCAUUUCGUCAUACGCAAGAUUUAAGAUGUUGCAAGCUAAGCCAACUUACACCAAAGAGGUCAAACAAUGGGUCAUGCGCUUGAUCCAUCGAAGUCUGGUGUGCCUUGGAGACCUGACCAGGUACAAAUUAGAAUUAGAUUCAGACUGGGAUCCAAUGAUAGCCAACAGAUAUUACAAAAUGGCUAUAGCCAUCGACCCGAACAUCGGAAUGCCUCAUAAUCAACUUGGUACUAUCGCGGGCAGCAAAAACUACGGUCUGGAUGCCGUCUACCAUUACAUGAGAUGCUCCUUGUGUCCCGAGCCGUUUGAAGGAGCUGAGGGAAAUUUAAAGAGGACUAUAAUAACCAAUUCCACCUGUACGGACGAGAACAAUCUGGCCCAUCAUUGUGUAUCGCGAUUAUUUUCUCUGUUGCAUUUGUGGGAUUACGACAAUCCGAAUUCGGACAAGAUUAAUCAAGAAUGUCAGGAUCUCUUGACUGACAUCGAGAAUUGUUUGUCGAUGGAGCAAUCUGAGGCGCAAAACCCGAGUUCUCUUGAAAACGCGGAUAACAUAGAGAUAUAUCUACAAAAUUGCAAGAGCAAACCAACGUUAUACCUAACGGACGACAUGGUAUUUAAGAUCGUGACAAUAUGUUUAAUGUCAAUUUCUAGAUUAAAGAGCAGAGAGUCGAGCGAGGUACAGGGUGUCGUUGCUAUUACUCUAGCGAUACUGUCGCAACUGCUGCAAUUUACAAUAACGAAACUGCAAGAAUUGGUCGUAGAAACGGCAGUGCCGGACGUUGAGUUCGCUAACGCAAAUUCUUACUCCUCGAAGCUCAAAAACGCGUUGAAGAAAGAGACAGAGAACAACGGAGAUCACAUGCCGGGCGAGAACUCCGCCUCGAACCAAGACAAUAAUAUAUCGAAUUUAAUAAAGCAGAGCGAGCGCGCUAUCGAGAAAGCGAAAUCGCCGGACAACAACGGAGUCGCGAACAACGAGGCGCCCAAGAAGACUCGCGACAAGUCCAAGAAUCUCCUGAGCAAACUGCGCAGGCGAAAGAGACGAACGAGUUCCGAUUCGGACGUGAGCGAUACGGAGCAGCCGGUGCUGGCGUCGUCCAGCGACGAGAUGCACUCCGAGACGGAGGAGGAUGACGCUCUGUCGGAGGACGCUCUUUCGGACGACAAUACGGACGACGAGGAGCUGUUGUCCGGCGAAAAGGUGUCGAAGGAGGGCAUGAAGAACGGCCACGUUGCUGCCGAUUGUAAAACGGAGAACAACGAUCAGCUGGUCAACGGCGAGAAGGCGGACGAGCAAGCGGACUCGAGAGCUGUCAGCGAGCUGGAUUCCGUGACGAAUUCAGCCGGUAGCGCCGUAACCAUCACGACGAACGCCGAUUCCACCAGCGGCACCUUCGAAGAUAGCAGCAUCGCCUACGUGGCGCAGUCGAAGAAGCAGAGCCUGAAGCCGCACGAUAUCCUGAAUCUGAUGCUCGGCAAAGAGAUCCUCGCGUCCAUCAAAGUGUGCUUCGACUGGCUGCGGAGCAACCCCGACAUCGUGAGGAUAUGCGCCAAGAGCUCGCGGACGUUGCUGAAGCGCGUGACGAUCCUGCUGAAUCUGAUCAACGUGGACGGCGAGGCGUUCGUGCGCAAGAACGAGGACUCGGCGAUCCUGUCGAGCGCGGAGAGGCUGCGGGAGUGCGCGAAGACGGUGCCGUUGCCGGAGGACAGCGAUCUCAAGGGUCUGACUUUGCUGGAGGAGGCGCAUCGGUCCCUCGACUGGUGCGUACUGCACAAACACAAAAUGAGUAAGAGAGAGGAGACGUUGCUGAGGAUGUUGAAGCUGCUCGAGUUCGGGCAUCACCUGAGCGCCGUCGAGGAGUCGGGCGUGCGAUACGACCUCGUCGCACGACUGUUCGUCGCGAGCGACCACAGCCCGUCGAACGCCCCGAAGCCGGUGGGUUUCGACGAGAAGAACUUCAGCAUGGAACAUCCGAGAGGCAAGCUCAUGAGGCACAUGGGUAAGCUCUGGCUGAAGGCGGAAGUGCGUGCUCUGGAAAGCCGCUUGCACUUCCGGCUGAUGUCACCGUACCUGGUGCCUGACCACGAAGCUUUGGCCAAGCACACGCCGACCCUGAAGCGCCUGGUGUACGCGAAGAAAUUCGUAGUGGUGAUCCCCGCGGCUGUUGUCUCAGCGUUGGACGAAGUGAAACGCACCAGCGGGCAAGCAAGAGAGGCGACGCGAUGGCUGGAGACUCAGUUGAGACGUGGAUCGAGAUUCUUACGGGCGCAGAGACCUCACGAGCAUCUGGCGCUGCCACUGAUCAAAGGACCAAGACCAAAAGAUAAGGAGGCCUGGUUGUUCUUUCAAAUCAUAGAGUGUUGCCAUUUCCUCACCCAGCAGGCGAAGGUCGGUUUCACCGGCGACGGGGAGGCGCCGGUCGUGACUCUCUUGACCGGAUGCAAUCCGGACGAGAGGAAGGCUCUGACUUUUAGUCCCGACGGAUUAGCGAAAAGUGCAGGUGUUAAUCUCGAGCACAUCGAAUCGUUUCAAACCAAGUGGAAGUCGUCGAGCAAGAGCCACGGUUGAGCCACGUCCCCGCUCCUUGCGUGAUCAUUCACUGUUGUUCUCACCUCGGAGGGAAAAUCGACGACGACUCAAAGCGAAGUCGUAUGGGAGCGUGUCCGACCGGACACACCCGGAUUCGAUCGGGCGAUCGACGACAAAGAGAAAGAGAGAGAGAGAGAAAGAGGAGGGGUUGGAAACCCACGCGCAUGAAAACAGAAAAUCAAUCGAUCGAGUUGUGCACGACGGCGAGUUGUUCGGUGACGAAAUCUGUGCCGAUGUCCGAAUGUCCUUUCCCGCAGCGCAUACAGAAGAGUUUUAAGUAACGAAACGACAUUUUUCCUCUCUUUCUAACUAUUCAUAUUGCCAUUUAUGUUUGAAAGAAUUGUAUUUUUAAGUAAACGGUUUUUUAAAUAACCACA